GAUCCUAAGGAAAAAUAGGAACUUGGAAAGGAAGAUAAAGUGAAAGCAGCACCACAAAGGCGUUAUCAGUCCUUCGCUCGCUUAUGUAAACUGUAAAGACGCGUAGGAGAGCGCAGAAGCUUUGAAUGAAGAGAACGGGAUUCACGCGAAAUUGGACGACAAUGCAAGGGGCGCAAUAAAACCGAGCGUUAUUGCUCUUUGUUUUUAAGCAGGACGGCUCGGAUGGUGCGCGGGGAUGAAGACGCGGGGAAGUGGCUAAAAUCACACAGCGUUUAUAACAGCUCCAGCAACGGCGACAUUUGCGACACGAACGCGUCGAGACGCUUGUUCAGUCUUCAGUCUGCGCAGAAGAAGCAGGAAACUUCGUAAACACAGAGAUUGGUGACUUCUGGAGAGUUCCAUCAUCCCAGUUUGAGAGGAAAGGAGAGGAUUGCUUGUCAAGACGGAUUUGUUUUAUGUAUUGCUUUGUGCUUCGUUAAUGCUGCCUAAAUGUCCUCCAAAGACUGUAUUUCACGAUUGGUGCUGACCAAGGCUGCAUAAAAAUGAAAAGGAGCUGGAUGUGUGUGAGCAGAAAAUGACGGGGGACAGUGAGAGUGCAGCAGGAGAAAAAGAUGGAGAUACGACGCUCAUCGCUCAGAUCCCGGUUGGCUGGCAGAGGAAGGUGAAAGAUGGGGCUGUAUCUUACAUCAGCCCGAGUGGUACUGUCCUUCGAUCUGUGGAUGAGGUUAGGGUGUAUCUGCGGACAGAUGGCACGUGUAAGUGUGGUCUGGAGUGCCCGCUUGUCCCGAAUAAGGUCUUUAAUUUUGACCCUGCUGCAAUGGUCCAAGCUCCUGGUCAUCAGUCAGGGAAAAUAGAGGAAGACAUGACCAAACUCUGUAACCAUCGCAGGAAAGUUGAUGCCAUGGCGGCGUUAUGCCAAAGCAUGCAGCCCUCCCAUCUUUCCUCGUCGUCUCAAGCCACAGGAGGUGUUGUAUGCUCCGUGGACGGCAGAGAGCAAAGUGGAUCAAUGGUGGCUCAUAGAGACGGCGCCCACUGCACUUACCCUCAGCCAAGACACAACCAACCCAAAUCCAACAUUGGCUUUCCUCUUUCCUCUCCCCGUUCUGUACUGCAAAAUGGUUCUGUUAGCCUUGCCUCUAUUUCUCGGCAUCCAGAACAGGGUUCACCUUUAAAGAAAUCUCAAACGCCAGUGGGCUCUAUGCCUGGUUACGCGAAACAGCAGUGGAGCCCUCAUCCACCGCAAAGGACAAUACACAACCCUACUUCUCCUAACAGUGUAAAACCAGGUGUAAACAGGCAUCCUCCAGACCCCUCCAGUUCCUAUUCCUUAUCCCCCUCUUCAUCUUUAGCCCUGAGUGGUGGAGCAGCUCUGCCACACUCCCAGGGAGCGAGUGUUAAGUCGCCCUCUCCUCUGUCACCCUCACGUACCUUGGACACUUUCUCACCCCACCAAUGCUCUCGCCACUCUUCGACGUCCUCGUUCUCAGAACACGGGGCCCAAGGGUCCGUCAUCAUUCAGGGAGGCAAAUCGUUGCAGUCUACCAUACCUUGCUCCUCUCCCAAGCUUCCUCCGGCGCCUUCCAGUCCGUGUAGUCGCUUGGAGGGCAUCCUGCAGCACUACAAAGACUGUAGUACCUCCAGCACAAGCUCCGGUGCUAGUUCUAGCAACCAUCAGACGUCACAAGCCCCGUCGUUGGUGCAUCCCAAUGCAGGCGACAAGAGGAAUGGACUGAGUACUGCUCAAGCUCCAGAGCUGCUUGGCCUUCCACUAGGACAGAUUCUCAACCAACAGAAGAGACGGCAAAAGGGCCACAUCAAUAACUCUUUCCCAGCCAGCAGCCUCCUCUCUGCGGCCGCCAAAGCCCAGCUGGCCAACCAGGAAACUCAGUUCAAUGCAGCCGAUGCGCUGGCCUCACUCCCUCUUACGGGCUUGGAUAUGGAACAGCAGUCAAAGGUAUUGAUUAGCACUUUAAACAGUAGCGUCCACCCCACUUCCGCCAGAGCACAGUCCCUAACCGCCCUGUUGCUUCCGCACUCCCCUUCCCCGGCAUCCCCUGCUGUUUUUGAGAAAAAUUUGCGGCGCACACGGCAGAGGCGCUCACCAACAGUUUUAAGCAUGCUCAAGGACUCGUAUUUAGUUGGGACCACAGGCGAUCUCACCGGGCCGCCACUGCUUAUCUCCCCAUGCCUUUUGCCACCUUCUCCUCUCGUACCUCACUUAGACAACCACCGGCUACCUGUCGCUCCUCCAAAUGCCUCCAAGUUGCAGGAUUCGGAGGAAGACAGGAAGCCAGGAAUUGCUAAUUCCCUCCCACUUUCCUCCCCAUCUCCAUCCCAGCCCCUUUCCGCCCUGCUUCAGCUUCUAAGUAUGCAAAGUGCGCAAAGCGCAACCCAGCAAUCCAGCGGCGCCACUGCCAUGCCUGGCAACAGGCACACAAACACAUUGCCUUCUUCACCGAGACCAAUCACUCCACAGACGCCCCAAUGCGACAUGCAGUCCACAUUACGUUUACUCAACCCCACCCUGCAACCUCAACCCCAAAGCACAGUGCCCAUGCCAGAACCUCCUAUCCAGCGACCCCCAUCCCAACCUUUUCCUUUGAUGGGUGACGAGACAACCAUGAACCUCAAAACAACCUCCAGUAACGCCAUCCUGAACUUGAGCCAGCCCCACACGGGCACAACGCCAGACCUCAACAGUUCAAUUCUGAGCAUGGUGAACCAGAUGUCCUCAACAUUCUUUCCCCAAUUCCUGGAGAAAGGUUGUGGACCCAAAACAACAGAGACUUGUCCUGACAACAGUACCUACCAAAUUAACCAGUCAAACCACAACCAAGCUGUGGAAAGUGAAGGUCCUGUAGAGGCAAUGGAUCAGCUGGACUCGGACACAAGAUUGCUGGGUGGCUGUGAGCCUGACCACAGCCUCUCUCUGCCCAAUGCCUCUUCUUCCGACCUUUCUAUUCCCUCAACCGACCCUGCUGUUUCCCUUGCAGAGGCUUUCCCCUUCAUGUCCCAAGAACAGCUCCUCCAGCUUCUUUCCACCAAUGACGGUCUGCCUUCCCUGCUGCCACCUUUCCUUGGCUCCCUGCCUUUAGGGGUUUGGACAGGGAGCCAACCUUCAGCGCCCAGCGGUGCCCAAGCCCAGCAGGGACAGCCAGCCAGUGCCAUCCUAAACCAGGGCUCUCCUCUCAAUAUCCUAAACCAGGGCGAGCUUCCUCUCAACCUCAUGAACCUGUUAAAUCCGCCAGGCUCUGCUGCACCGCUUCCCCCUGUUGCAGGACUAGAAGGUGGUGAAAAACCCCCUGGGCUUCAAGCCCUCCUCAUGACUUCAUUGCUGCUCAGCCAGAACCCGGCUGCCAUGUUGCCACUACCAGCUCUCAACCUGGAGCUUCCUACACUGCAGCAGGUCUUUGCGGACGGAGUGUCCCUGGAGAAGACCGCUCUGCUGGACUCGGUCCUGAUGGGGCCGGGGCUCCUGGAGGCUCUUCAAACUCUAACUCCCAGCGCAGACGGCCAGUCACUACUUUUUUCCACCUCCCUCACUCCACCCCCUCCCGCCUUCCUGUCCCUCAACCCCGCUCUGCUGGCCGCAGCUCUCGCCCAGACCGAACCCCUACCCAGCCACGCACUAUCCCCCCCGCCUCAUUCACAGGGGACCCUGUCCAGCCCUGCUCUAGUUUCUACCUCGGUGUCCAGCACGGGACAAGAAGUGUGUGACCCCCUGGCCGAACAGGACAAGAACAACACCCAGACACAUCAUUUCCUGCCGCCUCUGCUUUCCCCCGGGGUUCUUGGUGAGCUCGCAGCUCUGGGGAACAUCAACGGUCUUCAGGGUUUAUUGGGAGCCGGAGCGCUGCUGCUGCCUCAGGGCCAGUCUCUGAGCGUCCCGCUAACACAGAACCAGACAGGGCUCAACCCGCUCACCUGCCUGCAGCUGACGAUGGCGCCGGGGCUGAUGGGAGAGAAGCCUGUGGCUCUGCAUGAGACGCCUCUGUCACAGGAAGCGCUUCCCUCGACUCCGAUGUCCCAGGAUUCCCUGCUCGACCCGCUGCAGCAGAGAGAGUCCUCCACGGGCUCCGGUCCAGGACUAUUUGACCCAUACGGCUCUUUCAUGGACACCAUCUACACGUCCUUCCUGCAGGUGAGCGAGCGAGGCUCUGACUCGACCCCGCUGUCGUACCCCGAGCUCCAGCCGCUCCUGCAGCAGACCAGCGCCCCGCCGUCCCUCAGUCCACGCCGCGCCUGCUCCCUCCACAACCCGGAUCUGUCCCGCCUCGGCAUGGACACAGCUCAGUCCCAGUCCCCGGCCCGCGGGACGCCCAAACCCAGCGAGGACCCGUCCACACCGCCGCCCUGCAAACCAGCAGCAGACGACGCUCUGGAGGAGGCCAAGACCGACGGCUCGACUGAAGUGUGUCUCUACAGCAACGGGAUCGGCUCCGGAGCGCAGGGACGAGGACAUGAUGAAGAAGAGGAAGAGGAGGGACGGAGACCACAGGGAUAUUUGGGUCCGGGUGAGAGGUUCAGAGACGCUGCCGAGGACAUCAGAGACGCUGAGCAAGUCCGAACUGCAGAUGUGCACACAGGAGCCAGAAGAGGGCGCAAGAGGAAACAGUCACUGCGGAGAGGAGCAGCGCUGGAAGACGGCAUCAACCACAUCAUCGAGGAGCCGACGAAAGUGCUGUCCAGACCCGUCAGAGGGAAGAGACGCCGUGUCGUCCGAUAAAGCCGGCCGGCCGAUCUUUCCAGCCAAAACCAGCACUGUUUCCACUGCAACACCGUCUGAGCCGCACUCUGAAGAGCCUUUGUGAUUCGCUCCUCCACGAUUGAUGUUACAUUGUUGCAUUUUCAAACAGUUUCCAGGCAACCAAUGAUAACUAUUGAGAAAUUGUUGCGUCGGUUCAGGAAUAGUUAUCGUUUGUUAACUCCGUUACUUCUGCUUCUUGUGUUUAAUGAUUGAGGUCCAGUGUGAUUGACAG